GCCCCGCCCCUCGAGCCUAAAGCUCCUUUCCCGCCUUGACACCAUUUUGCCCCCUGGCCUUGUUGAAUUCUUUUAUUUUAUCUAUAUUGACAUCAAGAUGGGUGUUCAGCUUCCUGACUUGAAAUUUACCUCGCUCGAGGUCAUCCCCGAGCGCAUCUCCACCCUCCGCAAGUCCUUCUUGGAGAACAAGACCCGCGAUGUCGAGUUCCGUCUCGUCCAGCUUCGCAAGCUCUACUGGGCCAUCAAGGACCAUGAGGAGGAGAUCGUCGAGGCUUGCGCCCAGGACCUGAACAAGCCGCGGUUCGAGUCAGAGAUCGCCGAGAGCGGUUGGCUACUCAACGAUAUCGUCUUCACCACGCGCAACCUGCACAAGUGGGUGAAAGAUGAGAAGGCUCCCGAUAUCGAACUGUCCUACAAGUUCAUGAGCCCCAAGAUUCGCAAGGAUCCUCUCGGCUGCGUGUUGGUCAUUGGUGCUUUCAACUUCCCCUUCCAGCUCACUAUGGGCCCUGUUAUUGGAGCCAUCGCCGCCGGUAACACCGUCGUUAUUAAGCCCUCCGAGAACGCUCCCCGCAGCGCCGCCGUUAUGCAAAAGAUCUGCGAGGCUUCCCUCGACCCUUCCUGCUAUUCCGUUGUUCAAGGUGGUGUCUCCGAGACACAGGCUCUUUUGGCAGAGCGCUGGGAUAAGAUCUUCUUCACUGGUGGCGCCAACGUUGGUCGUAUCAUCGCCAAGGCCGCGGCCCCUCAUUUGACCCCUGUCGUCCUCGAGCUGGGCGGUAUCAACCCGGCCAUUGUCACCAAGAAUGCCGAUCCGCGUCUGGUUGCGCGCCGUAUGCUCUGGGGUAAGACCCUAAAUGCGGGUCAAUUGUGCACAUCGCAGAAUUACCUACUCGUUGAUAAGACGAUUGUGCCUCGUGUCGUGGAGGAGUUCAAGAAGGCUUAUGCCGAGUUCUACCCUAAGGGUGCUAAGAACUCACCCGAUUACUCGCGGAUUAUCAAUGAGACUCACUUCCAGCGCCUCAAGUCCAUGCUCGAUAACACCAAGGGCAAGAUCUUGCUGGGUGGUACUAUGGACGAGAAGGAGCUCUUCAUCGAGCCCACCGUUAUUCAGGUCGACUCCGUUGAGGAUUCAUUGUGCACACAGGAGAGCUUCGGUCCUUUUAUUACUAUACUGCCCGUCGAGAACCUGGAUGAGGCUAUCAGCCUCGCCAACGGCGUUCAAAGCACCCCCUUAGGCCUAUACCCCUUCGGUUCCAAGGCCGAUAUUGCCAAGAUCAUCGCCUCCACCCGCUCCGGUGGUGUCUCUUGCAACGACGCUGCCUUGCAUAUCCCCACUCUUCCCUUCGGCGGUGUCGGUGAGAGUGGUCACGGUGCCUACCGCGGCCGCUCCAGCUUCGAUGUCUGGGUGCACCGCCGUCCCAUUACCAGCAGCCCUGGCUGGCUCGAGUCUAUCCUCUCUAUCCGCUACCCGCCCUAUGCCGGCAAGCUGAGCAAAUUCAAGGCCGCCAGCGCCCUGGUGCCCGACUUUGACCGUAGCGGCCAGAAGGUGCCGCUCGGCUGGCUGCGCUUCAUCUUGACUCUGGGUGGCGGAAGUGCGAAGGCCGGAGCUGGCCGUGCUGCUGUUGUUGCUGCCAUUGCCUACGUCGUGCUCCAAGUCCUCGAAAAGCGAUCGUCGAAAUUGUGAUCAUCCCUGUGUGGAGAGAAUCCGACCAAUAAGGGGAAUUGGGAGACCCAUUUAGGUUGGAUAUUAGCUUUUUUGACCGGGUUUCUCGUUAUUGUGUAAUUAUCUAUAUGUAGCAAAUUGUCCGGACCGGUCAUGUGAACUGCAAUUGAAAUGCAGUGUCACUGUGCCGAGUAGCAUGUUAUUAUUUUCAUCUCUCCUAUGUGAGCCGUGCUUCAGCAUAGUAGUGUGACAUGAAAGUAUGAAGCUAUCAACUCUCUAACUCUUCAUUCCUCGUGAAUUCAUCGUCAUUUCCCCAUGUCUCCUUCAAAUAGCCAUAUUAGCACAUGUAAACGCAGGCGUUGUAGCGCCCGAGUAAUCGGCAAUGAUAGCCUCCACCGCGGCAUACAGGCCCGGUCCCAGAAUAAAAAGGCCAACGAUCAUUAUAAAAAUAUUAACAAGCGUCAUAGUCGUCCUGGUCAACCCGCUGAACAAUUGACCUCGGUUCAGCUGCCAAUAAGCGACAGCAAAGAAAAUGUAUCCAAAGAACGAAUCAAAGGCCGCGCUGAGCAGCGAGAGGAAAUCGCCCAUGCUGGGGACAACCUCGGAGAAGACGAAUGCAAGCAACCAGAUACCAAUCAUAAUCAGGCCCCAGACUCCCCAUCCGAUGACGGUAUUGCUGUGGGCGUGUCUGGAUUUGCCCAGGACUCGGCCGUAGAUGAAUUUCGCCGUGACAUUGGCGUAGAUCACGCCGAUGAUGAGCGUGGGCACGAUGACGAAUCCGAACGAGGCCUUUUUAUACGCGGUCACACCGAGACUGCCGAAAGCAGGCGCCGUGGAGUACUGUCCCAGAUACCUGAAGCCAAUGGCUGGGGGCACGAUGAAGAGUAUAGCCGAGAUAGCUGCGAGAACGGCGAGGGCCUUGGGGAAGUCCUGCGGGCGUUCCAUCUCGGCGAUGAAGGAUGGGAAGAGGAUCUGCGGCACCCAGAGGAAGGUGAUGUUCAGCACGGCAUUCAUGCAGGCAACCCAGGUGGUGCCGGGUAGAGGAAAGGCGUAGGUCUUGACAGGCCCGUCGGUGGGGUAGUCGCCAUUGUACCCGUACAACGGGGCCUUUUCAAUUCCGGCGAAGACGAGGAAGAGAAGGAUGGCAAUUCCCAUGCAGGC